AGAAACACUGGAAUCGCGCACCGAUCGGUCUGACCCGCAUCCCUCGCCACCAUGGAGGAUGAUCUCGUCUCAGAAGACGACAUAUUACUUCGAUCAGAGAAGGAGUUCCAUGAUGCAGCCAAGGCAAAUGAUGUGGCUAAAAUGGAAGAGCUGUUAAAGAAAGGAGUGAAUAAAAACGCCAAGAAUAAUAUAGACAGAACAGCUCUGCAUUGGGCAGCAGGCGCUGGACAUGAACAAGCACUCAGAUUACUUCUGGAAUAUGAUGUUUCAGUGGAUGAUAAGGACAAUUUUGGUAUGAACGCUGUCCUUCUGGCAUCUUGGUUUGGUCAUCUACGAAUACUCCAAAUCCUGGUGAACAUAGGAGCAAAGCUAACGUGUAAAAAUAAAAAUGGCUUAAAUUUACUGCACUGCGCUGCCCAAAGAGGUCACAUAAAAGUAAUGGAAUAUAUUACAGAGGACCUAGAGGAUGUGCAGCUGGAUCAACCUGAUAAGAUGGGUCGAACGCCACUUCACCUUGCCGCUAGUCAUGGCAAACUUGAAGUGGUUGAAUUCUUAAUUGGUUCCGGCUGUACCCACGGCUUGAAAGACAAGGAAAAGAACACAGCCCUUCAUUUAAGUGCCAGAAAUGGACAUGCUGAAGUACUACAGAAAAUAAUUGAAACUGCAGUGGAGCUGAAUGAGAAGAACCAGGAAGGUCAAAUAGCCUUGCAUUUAGCAGCUGAAGAGGGUCAUUAUGACUGUGUAAAACUGCUUUUAGAAGGUGGAAGUGAUGUGAACAUGCAGACAGAUAAGUCGAUGAAUGCUCUCCAUUAUGCUGCACAACAUGGCCAUGAAAAAGUUGCCCAGCUGCUUAUUGAGGCAGAAAUAAACACUGAUGCGGUUAAUCAUCAUCAUACCACUCCAAUGCAUCUGGCAGUGCUGCAUAAUCACAGCUUCAUUGUCAAGCUGCUGAUUGAUGCCGAGUGCGACUUGGAUUUCGCUGAUUAUAGGCAGCAGACAGCACUUCAUAUAGCAGCAGAGAACAGCAGGCAGGACAUUGCGGAAAUAAUCCUGAUGGCAGGCGUAAACUUAAAACUGGUUGAUAAGCAAGGGAAAACCUCAUUAGAUGUGGCUGCUCGUGGGAACAAUGUCAAUUUAGUGGAUAUGAUUAUCAAAGCUGACAGAUUUUACAAAUGGGAAAAGGAUAACCCAAACGGUGAUUCGGAUCCCUGGGUUGGAGUACUUCUGACGUUCAAACAAGACCACAGAUUAGAAACUGAGCACAUUCGCUCAGUGUUGUGGAGAUUAGCCACAAAAUACCUCAAACCAAACGAGUGGAAAAAACUGAGUUGCUAUUGGAAGUUUACUGACGCACACAUUAGAGCUAUCGAACAACAGUGGACAGGUUAUAAAAGCUAUAAAGAACAUGGUCACAGAAUGCUGCUGAUCUGGCUUCAUGGUGUUAUUAUGGCAGCAGAAAAUCCAAUUAAAGGACUUUAUGAAGGCUUAGUGGGGAUUGGAAGGAAGGAUCUAGCUGAAAGCUUCCGAAGGAAAGCAAAUGCAGACACCAAUUCCCCCAAGAAAUGUACAACAAUGUAAUUAAUUGCAAGUAAUCACUUUUGAAAACUGACAACUGAGUUGGCUUCCCACUCAGUACGUGGGUUAACAGGAGAUGGAGAUGACUCAGUCACAGCUAUGAAGGCACAAAGCAAAAUGAUUCAUGUGCUUUUAUUGUGCUGAAUAGCCAGUUGAUCACAAUUUAUUGCCUGCGUCAAUACUUUGUGGGUAUUAAGAGCAUUUUAAGAGCUGACUGACAUCAGAUGAUGAAAUAUGCUUUUCUUCCCAGACAAGCAAAAAAAAAUCAACUUUCAACAUUAAGAUCAAACAAAAGCUCUUUAUUUCUCUGGCCACCAAACCCAGACGUUAAACCGCCAAAAAACACGAUAAGAAUGUUUAUACCUGUGUAUGUGUGUGUGUGAAUAUAUAUAUGUGGGUGCCAUUAGUUUGGAGCCUUUGAUGUUUUAAAAAGGUAAAAACAAAUGGAUCAGAAGUCACCUAAAGUCUUAUUCUGCAAACAAUUCACGGGUGUAGUCUUAAAUCAUUCACGUUAUAUAUCAUAAUAUUAUAAGUAUAUUCAAUAUGUGUUUUUAUCUUUGGUUAAAUACAAAGGCCUAUUGUCCUCAUGCUGCCUUGUCUACUUGAUAAGUAACUACAAGUAUUUAAGGUGUGCUUAAAGUAAAGGUAAUAUGGAUUUGGUUGUAGACAAAUAAGGUAGAGUCAAAUUGGUCCAUUUUGUAUCACAGAGCCCUGUACUAUACAUACAUUGUGAAUUGUUAAACAAGUCCAUUACCAGCUGCUUACACUGGACGUACAUUUCCUUUUGAACUGAUAUCAGUCUGAUAACUUGCGGAGAGAGGAUAAACUAAUUACUGCACUACACUUGUACUGUACACUGAAAUGUAAAUAAUUUUUAUUAUGUUUGGUACUGAAAUUACGGGAUCUUUCCCAUUUAAAUAAAUAGGAUUGAUCACUCCAAUUUCCCCUCAUUGUAAAUUCUUCAAGGAAAUAAAAGCUCUUCACGACCACUUCAUUGAUUACAAAAAUAAAACA